AUCAAAAAGUACUAUUUUUCUAAUGUUAUUUCUAAACUGAAUUGCCGUUUGCCAAUGUCUAGUCAUGGAAUACAGAAGAAAUGCCCAAGAACAUGAAACUUUUUCACAGUUUGCAACUCCAAAAACCAACUUUGAAAUGGCUGCUUCUUUUCACACGUUCAAAUUCCAUAGAUUCAACUACAUUGUUAAAAUCAACAACCCAUCUUCUAAAAUCACCCUCAAAUUCUUCCUUCAUCAAACAAAUUCUUGCCCAAAUAAUCAUCAAGAACCAACCUUUUGACAGUUUCUUUUUCAUGAAACUUAUAGACAAUUGUAUUUCCUCAAAUGAGUUCACAUUUUCUGCUCUUCUAUUUUCUCCUUUCCAUGAUUGCAUUGACUCAUAUGUUUGUAAUUCAGUUGUUAGAACUUACACACACUUAAAGAAGCAUUGGCAUUCAAUUUUUGUUUUUGUACAAAUGCAUAGACUGGGUAUAUCCCUGGAUCCUUUAACUGUUCCUGCUGUAAUGAAAUCAACUUCUCAUUUAUGUCGUCGUAAAUUUGGAAAAUCGCUGCAUUGUUGUGUAAUUAAGAUGGGUUUUAGCUCAGACUUGUUUGCAAAUACUGCACUUGUUCAUAUGUAUUCUUUUUGUUUGUUUAUUGAUGACGCUCGUAGGGUGUUCGAUGAAAUGUUUGACAGAAAUUCUGUUUGUUGGAACGCGUUGGUUAGUGGUUAUGUACAUGGAAGGCGGUAUUCAGAAGCAUUUGAUGUGUUUAGGGACAUGAUGAAGGAUGGGGUAGAGUUGAGUGAGGUGACUAUGGUGGAGCUUUUGUCUAUGUGUGCUAAUUUGGGUGCUUUGGAACAAGGGAAGUGGGUUCAUGACCAUAUUAGACAAAAUGGUUUAAUGUUGAAUGUGUAUGUUGGAACUGCUCUUACUGAUAUGUAUGCAAAGUGUGGUAAUCUUGAGGAGGGUAUUAAGGUUUUUAGGGAAAUGAAGAUUAAAAAUGUGUGUACUUGGAAUGUUUUGAUUUCGGCGUACUUGAUGAAUGGAUACGCGGAGGAUGCUUUGAUGGCAUUUUCUUGGAUGAUUUUUGACGAUUACAAACCUGAUGAAGUGACCUUUUUGGCUGUUUUAUCUGCUUGUUAUCAUGAAGGUCUUGUUGGUGAAGGGCUGUCACAUUUUAAGAGUAUGAAAGAGGAGUUUGGAGUGGAACCAAAGAUUGAGCAUUAUGGUUGUUUAAUUGAUUUGCUCAGUCGAACUGGCUUGACUGAUGAAGCUAAGGAUCUAAUCGAGGCUAUGCCCUUGCAACCAGACCCGACUAUUUGGAGGGCAUUACUUCGUGCCUUUCAAGUUCAUGGAAAUGUCUACAUGGCCGAGCGUGUGAUUUUGAAACUUAUUGAACUCGAACCAAAUAACGGAGAUAACUUUAUUGUGUUGUCGAACCUAUAUAUUCAACAGCAGAAAUGGAAUGAAGUUGAGGUAGUGAGGCAAAUGAUGAAGGAUAGAGGUAUCCAGAAGAUUCCUGGCUACAGUUCGAUUGUAAUUAACAAUGAAAUUUAUGAAUUUGUUGCUUCAUAUGACACUAAACUUGGAUACACGGAAGAAUAUGAACUUUUGGAAUUUAUGUCUAAGGAAUUGUCAAGUUGUGUUACUGAUACAGAAAUAUUGUAGUAUGAUCUCAUUGUAACAGAAAUAGAUGUUGUGGGUGUUUCAAUCAUUUGAUGAAUGACUCAUUGAGUGUUCUCCAUUCCUCACCAGAUCGUGAUCAUAACUUCUAUGAGCAGUAUAUAUUGGAUUAUGGAUAGGAUGAUGAUGAAGGUCAUAAGGACUUUAUACGACAAAAAGUGAGAAAUUUAAUGAAGUUCACUUGUAUCUUAAGUGGAAGGUGGAAAAUUGCUUCCAUAUUCGGAUUUGUGAAACUUGAUGUCAGAAAUCUCGGUUAAUUUGGUUUGGUUCAUCUAGCCAACUUCAUAUCUUCUGAUUAAGGCUCUGGCCUUGGUGCUUAUUGGACUAUUUGAUUGACAAAAAUAGUGCUGGAUGAAAGCAAGAAUCUGGAUUCUAAUUCAGCACAUGCUUCAAUUGAUUGUAUGAGUGUCCAUUCUACCAGCUUAUCAGCUUAUUAAGCAAAGUUAUUGGGAAAAUCUUUGAGUGCACCCACUUCAAACAAUACAAACGGAAAAGAAUAUGUUACCCUCAUCCUCCACACUCGAAAAAUGGACUCGGUUACAGUUUUAUGGUUCAAAUGACUUUGUUUCAAAUUGAGUGAAAUGAGAGCUUUGAAGAGCGACUUGAAGCAGUUCAAAAUCAUCAUAAACAUCGCGAUAUGUCUCCAGGUU